AUGGCCUCCCUUGACCACAUCGCGGCUGUCUUCUCUAACUACAAGUACGACAAGGACAUUGGUUCUGAAAGCAGUGACGGUGUACCCUGUCUUGCUUGUAUUUCGGAAAUCGAUCGCGAUAUCUCCUGCAUCUGUGUCACGAAUGAUGAUUCCGCUCUUUGUGUUAUCUGCGAGUACUACCACAAGAAAUGUGGCUCGAUCCCCUCAGAGCUUCUAGGUGCGGCCCAAUGGUACUGGAACUUUGUGACUCGCCUGCAGGAUCGAGAAAUUUCCCUUAACAGACGUCAAAUCUGGCGCAUUCGUCGUGCGCUUGAGGCUUGCGGGUCAUCAUGGCGCGAGCUGGAAGGACAUCUCAUGAAUCCGAACAAUCUAGCGAGACUUGCUCUCCAAGAGUCAGUUGCAAGUCGCAAGACCUUGAAUCUGUCUAUCCUUCAGUCUGCCGGUGCCAACCUUUCUGUGGAUGAGGUCCACGAGCGUCUCGACGCUAUCCAGCCACCCUAUGCUCGCCAUAGCAAUUGUGUUGUCACCCUUCGAAAUGCCCUUGCUCACCUGUCUGUUUCUGAGGACGUGGUGUUGUCCACGAUGGCAUGCCUGAUCAUUGUCGCCAAUAAUGAGGAUGAAUCGGGACCUGAGUCUAAUGAGUUGUUGAUGACUUUCAACUCUGCUUAUGGCAAGGCCAAAGACUCUGAUAAGAAGGAACAGGGUGCUCGUGGAAUUGACUCAGAGUCUGGGUGA